AUGGGCCUGUUCAGAAACGGAACCAAUGAUUGGACAAACGUGGCUCAGUGUGCCAUUCAGCAAACGGCCAAUGAUUUUCCUUCUUUAAUGAUCCUCCACAAGCCAAUCUUCAUUGGUGCCAUGUACAAAUGGGUAUCCGACAAGCAGCGGUCAGAGUCGAAGCGUUUUAACGUGUGCGACGCGGUGUACACUCGGCGGGGGAGUCAUCAGACCAUUGUCGCCGGCCGGCCGGCCGAAGUACUACAGGGUUUUCACAAUUGCGUAUGUCGCAUUUGUUUUAUGCCGUUAUGCGAUCAGCAUUGCGACGACCUGUCUGCCGACUCUGCGCCAUCGAUGAAGCCGACACGAACCUCAAGUGUCCUCCGAAUUGCUUCAGUUCAGUUCAUUCUUCUUUCUGGCGUCAGCGGUAGUCUCUUGGCUCACACCAUCGGCUACCUUCGACGACUGCCGUCGAAUAACGCCGAUAACAAAAUGCGGGACCCUGCCGAGAAGGUUACUCAGCGUUUUUCACUUGACCGGGUGGUCUCAAUGGCUGCGAUUCCAAAGAAGAUCGUGCAUGUCAUUGACUCCAUUUGCCCUGCUGCAGAGGACAUCGCCCGCACGACGUCUUGCCCGCUGUACGCGCUGUUGGUCGUCGUCCUGUUCACGCUGUUAUUUACCACCCAUGUGAAUCACGGUGAGUGUUCAUGGUUACAGACAUUCGGUCGUCUCAUUCUUAGUGAACCUCGUGCGUAAUC